GUGGUGGGGGGACUCCAGAAUUCUAUAUGGUACAUCGGGAUGCAGUUUUUCCACAUUUCUCUGUCAUGCUCGGAGUAUGAAGCCUACUAUGUUCAGCAAGGACACAUUGUGCGCGACAUUGCAAUAAAACCCUUACACAGCUAAGGAAAUUGCCUCAUUACCUCGAGAGUGCUUUCUUUUUUUCUUCCCAGCAUGACUGCGAAUUGCACAAGCUACUACAGCACAGAAAACGCUUUUGUGAAUGGCUUUUUGUGCCCUAAAGCGGGAAGCGGUGCGCACGCGGUAUUCUGCUGCGGAUUUAACGAUAUCAAGUAUUGCUGUGAUGACCCCAACAGUUUUUUCCCCUACGAGUAUGCAUACAUGUGGUGGCUUAGCGUCGGGGCCCUGAUAGGUCUGUCCAUAGCAGCAGUGGUCCUGCUGGCCUUCCUCAUCACAGUCUGUGUCCUCUGCUACCUCUUCAUCGCCACCAAGCCCAGUCGCCUUGACAACGGCCUGCCACUCAGAGCACCAGGUGGGUAACACUUCUGGCCAGCGGUGGGUUAAGGUCUUGAAACCUAAUCUAAUGGUAUGUGAUGGGAUACAUAGAG